AUGCUCCUUCUCAUACGAUACCUCCUCGGUCUACUGCCCCUCAUCAGAUCGACGCCAAACAACUCUCGCGUCACCAAUGAGACAACGUACUUUGCCAUAGCCUCGAAUACCAAGCUCUUCACUGCGGUGGCACUCAGUCUCAUGAUUGAGGAUGGCACAAAGCUGCCCAACGGCCAGCUAUUGGAGGUCACUAGCUCGAUGAAGGAUGUAGUCCCUGGCUGGGCCAUGGAGAACGCUACAGCUGGCAACGAGAUUACUCUUCGCGAUGUCAUGUCCAUGCGCUCGGGUCUACCCCAGCACAUCCUCGCAAUAACACCUUCCGACAGCCCUACCACCGCCGCUGGCCGAACCCCUUUCCUCACCCAGAACGUCCCGAGCGGUCAGAACGGCACGUACCAGUACUCGAACCACAACUAUGAGAUUCUCGCCUCUAUUCCUACUUACCUGCUCAACGUGUCUAUCGAGACGUACGUCCAGGACCGGAUCUUCACGCCGCUGGGGAUGGGCGCGACGCGUAAUGCCUCCUUCGCGGGAACGAAGGAGCGAUCGAUGGGCUACCUGCGGAGUGCGCCAAACGUCACAGCGUGUGCGGCAUUACUCGCUGGGGGAGGCAACAUCACGGAUCUGUCGUGCCUCGGCAGGCCCGAGGCGUUUGACUUUUGGACGGAGGGGACGAAUGGGGGAUUCUACGGGGGUGCGGGAAUCAAUCUGCGGGGUGUAGACAUGAUAAAAUGGGCGAAAGAGCUGAUGAAGCCCUCGGUCCUCCCCUCCGCCGCCGUCAACCGUCUCAAGACCCUCGUCCCCGCUGCCAACACCGACGCACCUACCAAUUCCUCCUCCCUCGUCGAGACGAUCGCCUACCAAGCCGGCCUCAUCUCGCAAUGGUAUCGAGGACAUAAGAUCUACAUCCACGAUGGCGCGCUUCCUGGUUCCAACUCGUACUUUGCCUGGUCGCCCGAUAGCGGUGUCGGAGUGUUAGUCGCGGCCAAUGAGGACCCGUACUCGGUCUACAUCAACAACGUCAUUGUCAAUACCGUGCUGGAUGAUCUCCUGGGACUUGCGCCGAUAGACUGGGAGACGCGGUUCAUAGAGGGUUUCUUAGGGAGCGGAGGAAGUAUCAGCCCAAGUGGGGCGAUGGCCGGCUCGAUCCCAACCACCGGCUCCACCUCAAAUACAACCACCUCCGCAAUCGCUCGUCGUCCAGCUCCGGAAGGAUACGCCAAUACCACAUUCAUUGACAGGGCCUACGGCAACCUUACUCUCCUCCCUCUCAACCUCUCCUCGCCCGCUUCCUACCUCUCCGCUUGCAUCCCUGCCUCCUACUUUCUCAACGCCAUCGCCGUCCCUCUUUCCCUCAACCUCACCGCCCCCACCUACUACGCGGCGUACAACCAUUCCAUCGUUUCCCAUUUCAUCUUUACGCACUUUGACGGACCGCUGUACAAUUACACCACACUGUUCGUGCGGGAUCGGCUGGACGCUAUGGGGCGGGUGGACGGGCUGACGGCCAAGGUGUACGCGAUGGGGUCGGCGGUGUUUGCGGAAGGGGGAGUAGGGAUGUUUGGGAAUUUUGCUUUGCCGGCUGCGGGAUUGGCGCUGGAUCCGGUCGAGGUGGAUGUGAAGGACAAGGCGACGGCGUUCUUCGGGAGGGUCUGA